AGGUACUUCGCUACUUUUACUACUUUUACCAAUUUCAUCACCUUCCAGGUUGUUCGCUCUACUUUUCAUACCUUCAUCCCGUCUCCGUCCGGAACCCGGCACCCCGAUACAUAAUUUGAACCGGUUCGACGUCCUUUUCGAUGGAUUCAUUCAUAUCUCCCUAUAGACGUGAUAGUGUUUGUGUUAGUCAACGGUUAUGAUCUUGCUGUUGUAAUAAUAAUGCCACCAAGAAGAUCACAUAAGAAGUCGAGAGCCGGAUGUCGGAGAUGCAAAGCUAGGAAAAUUAAGUGCGACGAGGUUCAUCCUAGGUGUGGCAAUUGCACCAAGCAUGGCGUUGCUUGCGACUUCGAACAUCCCGGAAUCACCGACGUUCUGUCUCCGGCAGAGACACCUCGGCCGACGACAUCCGCUAGCAGCGGCGACAGUCCGUCGACGAGUACACUUCCGCCAACCCCCUCCGUAGACUCGAGUACUCCUCUUCCAAUAUACCGAAAUCCAGAACCACUCCCCUUAACAUCAAAUACUAAAUCUAGUCGCAUGAUGGAGUUAAAACUACUUCACCAUUAUACCACCAUUACUUGCGAAACCCUUGCUAUAUCGUCUCCCGUGAGCGAAAGAAUAUGGCGCGAUACCGUCCCCAAUCUUGCUUUCACCGGCGCACAUUUCUUAGCCGAUGCUUUACUCGCCGUGUCUGCUCUCCAUUUACGGUAUAAUGCCCCGCAGGACCAGGAGCUCGUGCGGGCUAGUCACGCAUAUAUGGCCUCCACUCUGUCAGAAUAUAGUGCGAGUUUGAGUAAAGGCAUAAACGAAUCCAACGCCGAAGCGCUAUUCCUUACCGCUUCCUUAAUUGCAUUCCAGUCCACGGCUUCUCGAAUAUUCACUAGAGACGACGGGGGCGAUGUUAAGGAUCGAUCCGAUGGAUAUGUAUUACCACUAUCUUGGUUUCACUCAUUUCAAGGAGUCAAGGCCGUAGUAGCGUCUAGUUGGCAGUGGCUACGGAAUAGUGGGAUCGUAAUACCAAUAAUCGAAUCUCAACCCGCACUCAACCUCGACCUUUCGGGGCAAAACGCGACGUUUUUCGGGCAUCUAAUGAAUGGAGUCGAAGAGGAAAUAGCGGCACUGGAUGACAAUCCCGAAGGUCAAAUUCUGACGCGUCAGGCAUACCAGCAUGCUGUUGCUGUUCUAGAUUGGGCUCAUAAAAUACCACAUACCGGUGCCCCGCUAGUAUUCCUCGCUACUGUUUCCCGCCGGUUCGUGGAAUUGCUCGAAGCUCGUCGUCCGCGCGCUCUCGCCAUACUUGCCAGUUACUUCGGCUUGCUAAAAUGCCUGGACGGCGUCUGGUGGUUAAAAGGAGUAGCGCGUCGAGAAGUAAUGGGUAUCGUUUCUCUAUUCGAUCCUGACGACGAAGAAUGGUGGUCUCGCCUGCAAUGGCCCAUACGAAUCGCGUUAUACGAGGGCGACGUGAUACCACCGGAUGUCUGGGGCGCAGACUGGGUUGCUGAGACGGCACUCUUACACCAGGGCAGCCAAAACGGAAGCUUUGUUAGCCACAUCGAGCUUCUAAGUCAAAUGUUCUCUACCAUGCAGAGUAUGCCUCCGCCGAAUUUGGCGUCAGCUAUGCCGGACGUUAUGGACGUCAUCGCCCAUCAAAAUGCUCUAGUCAGGUCUAGAACAUUUGAACGACAUCCAUUUCUAGAUGAUCAUACACAUGAUCCGUUCUAGUCACUAGGUUAUUCCUUACGAAAUUGACGGAUCUGAAACAUAUAACCGAUUUACUCUCACCUCCCUAGAACACUCCCACGAGCAUUAUUCAGUCGAGUCGGAUGCCUCAUGCCUCCCCAAAAUUUGAGACAUAUGCCGCGAUACCUACAGCUUACAAUUUAAGCGACGCGUGGGGGUGUGAGAGCGGAGUAUCAAUUUAUCCCCAAGUGCUUAUUCCAGCGAGAAGUGGUACCUAUUUACCACAAUAUUGGUACUUGAAACUAGUUGUUUGGUAAUGAUUGGGUCACAUAACUACCGGUCGUGAACCACAAUGUAAUAUAUGGGAAGGGUAUGGAUGGGACAUACCAGAAAUAAUGGCGUACAUCUAUGUGUAUGUACGCCGGCAGUCUCCUGAAAGGAGCAAGUAAACUGCUACAUGGAUAGCAAUUGCUAUAAGGUGCUUAAGGGUCUAAAAAGCGAUUACUGUAUAACAAUAGGCGCACCUCUAUAAACAGCGGGAUUUGAAAAUAUCAAUAUGGGUAGACAAUAUUGACAUGUAAAAUCAAGACGAAUUUACGACAUGAAAUUA